UAUGUGCACCUGCAUUUGUCCAAAAGACCGUUCGCCACUCUUUACUUUGAAUCAGAAUGGUUGUUGGCGCCACCAAGCAGCUUCUCAAGGAGAACCCUCCGCUCAUCCCGCUUUUCGGCAUCAUCGGCCUCGGUCUCGUCGGCGCUGGCUACUAUGUCGGCCGUCUUUCCAUGGGCUCCCACGUCGUCUGGGAUCGCAAGAACCCCCACCCCUGGAUCCACACUCGCCAAGAUGAUCACGACAAGUUCAUUGACCUGCGAGAUGAGCGCAAGAAGAUUAUGGACGCCAAGGCUGGCAACAACUCCCAGUAAACGGCUCGACACGAAAAUGCAUUUCAACGCCUUGUCGUCUUUGCUGUUUGCCGCUUGCUGCUGCUGUUGAGAACCCACGUCUCUCGCUGCUGCUGCUGCGUGUCAACAGUUUGUUGAUAGUUGUUGAUAUGUUGCUUCUUUCUCUUUUGUUGCAUUGAUACACAUCCAAAUCGUCCCUCAAUGAACGGUUUUGUAGAUUUU